UGGAUCAACUGGUUUUGCUCGAGUAGAGAACAUAAAUAUUAUACCGAGGUCGAUGAAAGUUUUAUUGAAGAUCCAUUUAACCUCAUCGGACUCAACGCACAUAUUCAAUUAUACAAGGAAACGCUGGAAAUCAUUCUGGAUUUGGAACCUGUAGAUGAAAUGUAUAAUCGUGUUCCGGAUUUAAGUUUAUUAGAACCAUCUGCUGAACUUUUAUAUGGCUUGAUUCACCAAAGAUACAUUCUCACAAAGCAAGGCAUGUUCCAAAUGUACGAGAAAUACGAGUCCGGGCAUUUCGGAAAAUGCCCACGAUUCUACUGUAAUGAUUGCCACCUUUUGCCUUGCGGACAGCAUGAUCUGCCCAAAACUAGUCAAGUGCGCCUCUUCUGUCCUAAUUGUAUGGAUAUUUAUAUUCCACCAAAUCCCAGACACCAGGCUAUCGAUGGUAAAUACAUACACGUCUUAACUUACAACGACUAA